AGUUGUUAUUAUUAAUCACCCCAAUGACAGAAUUCGAAUCUGCAACCCUAUCAGCUGAGGAAAAGAUCGCCGAAAAAGGUUUGCCAGUCGAUGAGGUCUAUACCCCCUCGCCUGAGGUCAUGCGAGGUUGUUAUGUUUACUCUGAUAAGAUGUACAAUGACAUGUAUCAGAGAAGCCUCAAUGACCCAGACGCUUUCUGGACUGAAAUGAGUCGUACUAUUGAUUGGAUGAGACCUUUUGAUACAGUUCACUACGAGGACUUCAAAACCGGUGACGUGCGCUGGUUCCUAAAUGGGAAGCUCAAUGCCACUGUGAACUGUGUUGAUAGAUGGGCGGCUACUUAUCCGUCUCGACCGGCAAUAUUAUGGGAAGGCGAUGAGCCCGGCACUGACAGGGUCAUCACAUAUAAACAGCUCCUAGACAAUGUCUGCCGAAUGUCUAAUAUGUUACUCAGUUUGGGUGUUAAAAAGGGCGACAGAGUUACCAUUUACAUGCCUAUGAUACCGGAACUACCUAUGAUGAUGUUAGCAUGUGCCCGCAUUGGUGCUUUGCACAGUGUGGUUUUCGCUGGGUUCUCUGCUCCAAGUCUGAGGGACAGAAUCAACGAUGCCCAAAGUGCUGUGGUCGUAUGUGCUGAUAUCGGUGUUAGAGGCGGCAAGAAGAUUCUGAUAAAAGACAUCUGUGAUGAAGCGGUGCAGGAAGUUCGCCCUGGGUUGGUACAGAGCGUUGUAGUUUUCAAGCAUUAUAGCAAACCUGGCAUGGAAGGGAAAUGGGACCCGUCAAGAGAUGUUGAUGGUUUCGAGUUGAUGGCAGCUCAGAGACCUUAUUGUCCACCUGUUGAGAUGGAUUCGGAAGACCUGUUAUUCAUGUUAUACACCUCGGGGUCUACUGGCACUCCUAAAGGGAUUGCCCAUAGCAUUGGUGGAUAUCUCGUCUAUACGACUAUUACUCUCAAGUACGUUUUUGAUGUCCACCCUGGAGAUGUAUGGGCCUGUGUUGCGGACUGUGGUUGGAUUACUGGCCAUUCGUACAUAGUGUACGGUCCUCUUGCUAACGGAGCAUCGGUGGUCCUAUUCGAGGGGAUUCCGACUUAUCCUAAUAACAGUCGCUAUUGGGACCUUAUUCAGAAGUAUAAAAUCAAUCAGUUCUACACGGCUCCUACUGCGAUCAGAGCGUUGAUGCGAUUUGGUGCGACGCCGCUGGAGGGGUAUGAUCUGUCGUCGUUGAGGGUGUUGGGUAGUGUCGGUGAGCCAAUCAAUCCUGAGGCUUGGAGGUGGUAUUAUAAUGAGGUCGGCAAAGGCAAGGUACCUAUCAUGGACACGUACUGGCAGACCGAGACGGGCGGGAUUAUGCUAACACCGAUGCCUUAUAGAGCACUCAAGCCGGGAUCGGCGACGAAACCUUUCUUUGGCAUCGAGCCAGCAUUGCUGGACCCAAUGACUGGGAAGGAGGUAGAGGGUAAUAGUGUCCAUGGUCUGCUGGCUAUCAAGAGGAGUUGGCCUUCGAUGAUCCGUACUGUGUAUGGCGAUCACAGUCGAAUGACACAACUUUACUUGGAGCCGUAUCCUGGUUACUACUUUACUGGUGAUGGUGCUGUUAGGGAUCAUGAUGGGUAUUACUGGAUAACUGGCAGAAUCGAUGAUGUUAUGAACGUGUCGGGUCAUAGACUGGGCUCAGCUGAGAUAGAGCAUGCUUUAGUACAGAGUACAGCGGUCUCGGAAGCUGCUGUGGUGGGCUGCUCUCAUCCGGUAAAAGGCGAGGGUAUUUUCUGUUACGUCAUUUUGAAUGAGGGGUUCCACGAGUCGGAGGAUCUGAUUAGAGAAUUGAAGAACGAAGUAAGAAAGUCUAUUGGACCCAUUGCUACCCCGGAUGUCAUCCUGUGUGUUCCGGGAUUACCCAAGACUAGGUCGGGUAAAAUAAUGCGGAGAAUUUUAAGAAAGGUGGCCAACAGGAUCUAUAACGAUAUGGGCGAUACGUCGACUUUGGCAGAACCAGAAGUUGUCGAGGCCAUUGUUAUGAGAGCGAGAGCUCAUCAUGGCGAGGAUAUGAGGAAGGGAACUUUCUCAACGCACUUACAAUGAUUAUCAUAAUUUCACUAUUAUUUCUCUAUUAUUUUAUGAGCCUGCUCGCUGUGCGCGGAAGACUCUGACCGUUGGAAGCUGAGCUCAACG